AUGCCUGCAAGGAAUGAAUGUCCAUCCGGCUGGACUGAGGAGUAUCAAGGGUACUUGAUGACUGCAUACGACAACCAUACGAAGCAGUACGACUUCAUAUGUGUCGACGAGGACGCGGAGGCCCGCCCAGGUACCAGGGCAAACAAAAAUGGUGCAUUACUGUACCCUGUUGAAGGUGUUUGUGGCUCACUUCCGUGUCAUCCAUAUGUCGCUGCUCCAAGCUUGAAUAGUGUUCAUCAACGACUUCAGGCCUUGGAAAAAAAGUUGGAGACCUUACUAAAACCUAGAUCAGGCGACCCCUGGUUCUUUGCCUACCUUUUAGGGCUUCACAGCAAUAAAAAGGGGAUUGGUCUAAGAGGACCUCCCGGAUAUCCUGGAAAACCUGGUACACCCGGUGUACGCGGUAAGCGUGGUAAACAAGGAGUACCUGGAAAAAUUGGACCUAAAGGAGACGUGGGAAAGCCCGGCUCCAGUAUCUCUAUAAGAGGCCCUCGUGGUCCCAAAGGAGAGCCAGGAGCUGUUGGAAGGACUGGAUUCAGAGGAUUAAGGGGACAGAAAGGAGAGCUCGGGAAGUCUGGUGUUAAAUAUACUCGCUGGGGAAGAACCACAUGUCCCUCCGGUGUUCAAAUAGUUUACAAAGGCAUAACGGGUGGUGAUCAUUACCAACACCCAGGAGGUGGAGUAAAUUACCUUUGUCUUCCAAAGACACCACGGUAUGGCAGGUACAAAAGUGGGUGGCAGCAUUCAGGUUACGUGUAUGGCACUGAGUAUGAAGUCAGCGAUUUCAACCCAUUUUAUAGAAACCUCCAUAACCAUGAUGCACCCUGCGUUGUAUGUUUUGCCAAAUCACGCAGCACAAUGCUCAUGAUGCCUGCGCGAAAUGAUUGUCCAUCCGGUUGGGUGGAAGAGUACGACGGAUACCUGAUGACUGAAUUCUACAAUCACCCCAAGCAGCGUGAUUACAUCUGUGUUGACAAGUGGGCAGAGUAUAUUCCCGGUACAAGAGCAAACAGGGAUGGUGCGCUACUUUACCCAGUACAAGGUAAAUGUGGCUCACUCCCGUGUAGCCCAUAUGUCAGUGGACGAGAGUUAACAUGCGCUGUAUGCACCAAGUAACAAGAAAACAGCUCCUUCAGGAUUUGACAAGGAGCUACUCAAGUAGAUUUCAUGAGCAGUAUAAUGCUUGAACAGUAGAAGGGUUUACCUUUGGUGACCAUGAUAUUGUCGGAGCUUCACUUGGUUGAUGAUUUACCUGUAACGGUUGGGCUUAGAUCAUAAAUAAAAGCUUAUG